UAGUAAAAUUAAAAUCCAAUAAUGUAUUCUAUUCUAGGCUAGGAUAUAGGAGGAAGUGAGUCUCUGUUCCCGAAAAAUGUCGUAGCUGAGUUGAGUUCGGAAGCCAUUAAAACCUACCUCAAAUUCCUCUUCAAUCUCAAUAUUCACAUGUUAAACACACAACACCAAUGACCUCCUUCCAUCUCCAACCUCUUUCCCCAAUCCAAAUCCAUUGCUCUUCUUCUCUCAAACCACUACUGCCACCGCCACCACCUUCUUCUUCCUUCUUCAGACUCCACCGCCACUACCAUUCAGCCCUUCAGCAGAAGCUCAGAAGAGGCGUCUGUAGAGCUGACCUCUCUCACGAUGCGCCUUUCGCCGUCGCUAUUGGCGCCUCUGUAGUCUCUUCACUGUUUUUUCCGGUCGCCGGACCUCCUGACGGGGAUGACGGCGAUUCAGCUCUCGAUUCCACCGAUUCCAGGUUGGCUGUCAUGAGCAUCAUCAGCUUCAUUCCCUACUUCAAUUGGCUGAGUUGGGUUUUUGCUUGGCUUGAUACUGGUGAGAGACGUUAUGCAGUUUACUCGCUAGUUUAUUUGGUUCCCUACUUCAGGUCCAAUUUGUCGUUGUCGCCGGAGGAGAGUUGGCUGCCUAUUGCUAGCAUUAUUCUGGGCAUUAUUCAUAUCCAGCUGGAAAUGAGUAUGAGAAAUGGGGAUAUCCAGGGCUUUCAAUUGUUUGGUGAGGCUUCAAAGAGUGUUUCAAAAUCAUCCGAACAGAACGAUUCAUCAAAUGUUUCUCAACGAACGGGAACUGCUGAUGGGGGCAGGAAAAAUGAGCAACAGAAUCUUCCAUCUUCUAAUGAACAAUCCAGGAACAAGCUUCGAGGGUGGGAAGUUCCCAGAGACCCCUUACAUAAUGGUGAAGAUAGGGAUGAAGAUGAAAGAAGGAAACUCUAAACAGUAAGGCUCACAUGGUAGAAAGACAGAAUAUUGAACUUUGAACAUUAGGCAUAUUGUGAUUUCAAUGAUUGCUUUUUCUUGUUUAUGUGAUUUUGAAUAAAAUGCAACUUACAUCUGCUAUUGGAUUGAAUUUGGUAAUGCUGGAAAGUCAGUAUAGUAAAGAAAAAAGCUUAAGACUUCUUUUUUUGUU